AUGUCGAAAGCCCAGCCCUCCGCGGUUCCGAGUAGGCCUAAGAACAAAUCGGCCAAGAAGAGAGAACCGUUCUAUGCGGUCUCGCCUCGAUGGUCGGACGUCAGCCCAAUCCCUCUCAUUGAGGGCCCACCGGGCCAGAAAGAUCCCGGUCCUGCACUGGCGACGAUCGCCUACUCACCGCGCUACAGCGAAGCCAUGUCAUACUUGCGAGCGGUGAUGGCGGUGAACGAGUUCAGCCGACGCACGCUCGAGUUGACGGAAGACAUCAUCGGCAUGAACCCGGCCCAUUACACGGUCUGGCUGUACCGAGUGAAGAUUCUGAAGGCGCUGUGGGAAAGCGAGGGCACGCGGACCGAGGAUGGGGUCAUGGCGGAGCUGGACUGGUUGGAGGAGAUCAGUGAACGGAAUCUCAAGAACUAUCAAAUCUGGCAUCACCGACAACUCCUGGUCUCGCUGCUACCGAAACUCCCGACCACGGAGCCGGAGUUUGUGGCUCACAUACUCUCCUUCGACUCCAAGAACUACCACGUCUGGACGUACCGGCAAUGGCUGUGCCGACGGUUUCCGGACCCCUUGCUGACGACCGAGAUGGAGCUCCAAGCUGUGGACGCGCUGAUCAGUGAAGACGUGCGCAACAAUUCGGCAUGGAACCACCGCUACUUCGUCUGCUUCGGCGCCGACGAGUUGAAGGCCAUCGAAGCCGAGGGCGGCAACCGCAAAGAGAUCCUGGCCAAGGGCGGCCUCGUCGUGGACGAGGACCUGGUCGAGCGCGAGAUCAACUACGCCAAAGACCACAUUGCCUGGGCUCCGCAGAAUCCCAGUGCCUGGAACUACCUGAAAGGCGUGCUGCAGCGGGCGGCCAUCUCGGUCGCCGACAUGCAGGUCUUUUGCGAAGGCUUCGUCGGCGGCAGACACGCAGACCUCAUGAGCGACUCCGUCAGGAGCAGUCAUGCCCUCGACUGGCUUGCUGACAUCUAUCGCCUGACCGGCCACUUCGACUCGAGCAAGCGCUGCCUCCACGCCCUGGCAAACAAAUGGGAUCCCGUCAGGCGGAAGUACUGGGACUUCCGGGCCAAGCAGGUCGACGAGGAAGCGAGAGAAGAUCAAUAA